UGAUAUACAAUGGCAACAGUCGCCAUCGUGGGUGACAAAUUCUGUUUCCAUGAGGAAACCCACCUGACAGUCCACAAGACCUCUGUGUUUUUCCCAGGAGAUGGGUUUGUUAUAGACAAUCCAAAAGGAGAAUUGAUCUUCAGGUUUGAUUCUUACAACGGCCCUGAUUCCCAACCCAAAGAUGAGCUGGUUCUCAUGGACGCCACAGGCAAGUGUCUUCUCACUCUUAUUCGAAAGAAGCCAAGUCUCGAUCAAUUAUUAGGGGUACAAAUGGAAAACGAAAGCCAAAUUUUCUUUGUCCGUCGAUCAUCCAUCAUCGGACGAUCAAGCGUGGAAGUAGACGUAUACGGCGUGGAAUACCAGAUGGGGGGCUCGUUUCCCCAGCGUUGCUGUACAGUUAACAGCACUUCCUUAGAGAGCUCAUCAAAGAAACCAACGGCUGAGAUAAAAAAAAAAGUGGACCCCUCAACGCAUGUGAUGUUGGGCAAGGAUGUGUUUUUGCUUUGUCUUAAGCAUAGCGCAUUUGCAAUGGGAUUGGUGCUUAUUCUUGAUCAAAUGUAUGAUGAUGGUGAUAUGACGACGAUGAUGAUAAUGCGGAUGCUAGUCCUGGUAAGAGAGGAGAAUGUAAACAUAAGAAAAGUUGAAUGGAAUUUGAACAUAUCCAUCAAAAGCUUAUCACAUUGCCUUUUAAACAAAAAGUUGAAUUGCAUAAUUGAAAUUUUGCCUUUUGAUAGCUCCUAUUUGUCAAAGGGAUUCUUCGAUUCCCUGACAAACAUGAAGUUUGUUGAUUUUGAUACUGAUGUGAGUGAACGCUACUUUCCUUGGUACAAAAUUCUUUUGGCUUUGCAUGAUUGUUAA